CACCCUCAAGAUGAUCUUAAACUUUUGAUUGUUUUGGGUCAUCAUUUGUAUUAUAAUGAUGAUUUUCACAAGUUAAUCUCUGAAUUUGAGAACAAUGAUUUACUAUUAUCACAAAAAGUCUUGGAACUGGUUAAACUCCUAGUAGAGGAUAUGGAAGAACACGAAGAUAAUGAAAAUAUUGUCUUCUUGAAUUGUUGUAGAAUCGGUUGA